GCAGGAGCCAGACGGAUUCAGCCAUGGAAAUACUCCGCAAAGCACACCGAGGGAAACGUGAUUUCUGAAAAAGACAUUUUUAUCAACUGCUAAAUAUUUUUCUGGGUAUCUGUUCGACAGUGAAAACUAUCUUUUGAAUGUUCAGCGGGACUGGGAAAUAUAUCGGAACUAUGGCGUGCCUCCCAUCACUAUGGACCUCAUGACUGUGCGAGUUCAGUGAUGUUAGCUUUGAGCCACUACAAUUCCUCUGCCUCCCCGCUGCUCCUUCAUUUCUCUAAUGACCUUGGAGGGACGUUGGAGGACAGGGUGGCUGUUGAAGGGUUUUUGCAACAGGGGAACUUCACUUCCAUGCAGCCGACCACCAGCGGUGCCAUUGUCGUAAUACUGUCCAUGACACUGGGCAUCAUCUCCAACAUUGUGGCCCUCUUCAUCCUGGUUAAUGCCUACUCCCUGCAGCGACGGCGCUCCAAAGCCACAUUCCUUCUGUUUGCCACUUCCCUGGUGGUCACAGAUUUCAUUGGCCAUGUGAUCCCUGGUGCCCUGGUUCUCAGACUCUACCUCUCUGGAGGUGUGCACCCCAAGGAUUUCAACUCUUCUGAUGGUAUGUGUCAGUUCCUGGGUGGCAGCAUGGUGUUCUUUGGUUUGUGCCCACUCUUCAUGGGCUGUGCCAUGGCUGCCGAACGCUGCCUGGGUGUCACUAAGCCGUUACUGCACUCAUCCCUGGUCACCAAAACCCGCACAAAGAUCUGCCUGUCUGUCAUCUGGCUGGUAGCUCUGGGUGUGGCCCUGCUGCCCUGCUUUCAUUUGGGCUCUUACACCUAUCAGGACCCAGGAACCUGGUGUUUCAUUAAAGUGCUCAGUGACACUGAGGAGGUGGAUGUAGCAUUUGUUGUUCUUUUUUCUGGACUUGGUUUGACCUCGCUAGCUGUUGCACUGGUAUGUAACACGAUCAGUGGACUGACGCUGGUGGUCGCUCGGCUUAGGAGGAAGCUUGGCUCCCAUCACUCAGCCAAGUCCCACGACAUAGAGAUGGUAGUGCAGCUGGUCGGCAUCAUGGUUACGACAUGUAUCUGCUGGAGCCCUCUGCUGAUCUUUGGCCUGAUGUCUGUGAUCCGCUCCUACACGGGAUCCAUUGGGGAUGACCUGUCCAACUAUAAAACCCUGAUGGUGAUGGGCGUGAGGCUGGCCACGUGGAACCAGAUCCUCGACCCCUGGGUCUAUAUCCUGCUGCGCCGCACUGUCCUCCGUAAAAUCUACCUCAUUGUUAAGUGCCAAGCAGGCCUGAGGGGUAAUAUAUUAGGCCGGUGGGAGCCUACGUCUUUCCCCACUUCAAUGAAGAAGGAAGUCAACCAAGUGUGAGUUGAGAGAAAGACUGAUAUAAUACUUUGUGGAAGCACUUUACCACCAGGACAAUGAACAUCUAAAGAGCUGGGCAUAUAAAGGCAUUUAGAAGAGACCCAUGUAGAAGAUGGAGGAAGGAACAAACCUUGUGGCUGUGAUGGCGGAGCAGAACAGUUUAGACAUGCAGAUUGACAUUUCUGGACUGGCCCACUUUAGUGAGGGUUAAUGAAGUCUAUAAAAAUGCUACUCCAUCAAAGUUUAUUAGGGAUAUAAUUGUCUGAGCUAACAAAUGGAAGCUAGCUAAUGCUAUGAUUUUGCACAAAAUAUCAAAAACUUUAUAUAGUUUGCUUAUAAUAAGUGAACAUUCCUUGUUGCAUAUUUCAUAUUCUCAGUCAGGCUACAGUCAUGCAUAUGAAACAUACCCUGUCCAGAGACCCACAAGCAAAACCUACAGGGGUAUUAUAGGGACUAAGGAUUAUUCAUUUUUAUUUCUGUCCCAUUUUCACCACCUUUGAACAUAAAAAUAAAUUACACACUGAUUUUCUCUUACAUUACAUAAAUGUGGAGGAAACAUGGCAUCCAUCAGACGGCGCUCCAGAGUAAGUGUGCACUAUUUGUGAUGCUAAGUCCUCUGUUGAAUGUAUUUCAUGAGGAAAUGUUGAUAUUCGCAUACUGUGGUGUUUAUGUAUGUUUA